CCUAGUCGUCGGCGUUCAACGCGAUUCCGCUCGACGACGUAUUUCCUGCUUAUUCCAGAACGCGAACGUCAUUCGCCGCGUCUUGUGUAAAUACCUGUCGCGGUUUUCCUUUAUCGUUCGCGAUGCGAACAGAGUGAAAAUUUAAUUACAACAGGUGCCUCGCCGGUAUAAUUUCGACGCUGUUACAUGGCUCGAUCUCGUGAUAUCGUCGAAAGAUUUGUAUCUAUCGACGUUCCCUUUAAAAAAGGAGAACGUGACUUCAGUGAACGAAUUCUCAUUGGUUUUGUGAAAGCCAGAAAGAUUUCGGUAAAAAAGGAAGAAAGAGAGAUACAAUUGUGUCAACGUUCGCGAUACUUUGAUGGAAUUCUUGCGUAACAGAGAUUUCCCUUGUUUGUUCUAUCAUUUAUAAAUCAUAUAUACUUUCGUAUUAAUAUAUUUGCGCAAUUUCAACAGAGCGAUAUCAAAUGCAGCCAAGUGUAUGUGUAUUAACAUCUGUAUUAUAUAUUCAAUAAAGAUAUAUAUAUCUGAACAGAGCGCGUUAGCGCUCUAUAAACGCUCGAACGUAACAAUUAUUAACGCAACACAUCGACCCUCUCAUCGAGAGUACAACGGCGAAUUUUGGUAAAAUCUCGAGCAGUAGCGGUGCUUGUCCGGAAUAUAUAACUCGUAGUCACAUAGUGUUGUUUCUUUGAAAAGACGUUCGUUUCCGACAACACAGCGUUUCCCAUCACCGGUAUACGUACGUGCGCGCGGGAUACGCGCCAUCGGUGUAAAUAUUGAACAAGUGACGUAAUUAGUUGCGCGAGGCAUGAUAAUAAGCGGGGACGUCGUUACUCGUCGGCGCGCCUUGCGAUCAGAUAACGCAUACGAAAUUGUUCCUCUUUUCGAGGUCGACGCACCAUUCGUAUCUGCUAAGGAAGAGCCUGAUAAAAGAUUCAGUUCAGAUCUGUCGUCGUUGCCGGCCUCUCGUCAUCACCCGAAUUCCCGCUGGCGGAAACGAUCGAAAUGGAGACGGAGCACAGGUUGGAGCAGUUGAGGAAGGCGACGGAUAGAAUACAAAAGGAAAUCGAAGAAGUCACCGAGAGGGAACACGAAUUGCGGAACGUGGGUAGCAUUAAGACUAUAUCUCACGAAACAGUGGAUUCAAAGGUGCGUCGCAUGCCGCAAGCUCUAGCCUCGGGCAAGUUGAAAAGAACAACUUCGACACCGCAGAUUCUGGAGGCGGUCAGUCUAUCGGCAAGUUCGAUGCCAAAGAUGACAAACGGCGUGAUAUCUACCCGGACAACACCAACACCGUUGCGUUUCGCGAGCGUGCCAAGCCAGAAAGGUUUGAUGCACAGAUUUCUGGCUACACGAGGAAAGAUUUAUAAGAACAAAUCGGGCAGCAAUGAUAGUUUGAGUCCACCCAUAACACCUACUAUCACACUCAAUCCUCUAAGUAUUAAAGCCUUUAAUAGAACAUUGGAGAUACAAUUGGAGCCGGAUAAUGAUGAGCCAAAGAAGCCACUGGCGAGGAAAGGAUACGUUCCUGUCGAACAGAAGAUUCAAAAGGAGUUAAACGAUAUGAAGGAACGAGAGAACGAGUUAAGAUUGAUGAGAUCGCGAAUGUUGGCCAAGUCUCAGCCGAAUCUACUCGAUAUAGGGAAUGAUAAUGAUUCCGAUAUUUAUGACGGCUCCAGUUCUCUUAAAAGCGGCGCUUCCACCAACACUCUGAAUGAAGAUGAAAUAGAAAGAGAAAAUAAAGGGAAACAUAAACCUAAUCCACGACGUCGUAACACGCUCAUCGCUCAGUGGGAGAAUUUGAUAUCUGCUAACAGAGAAUCUCUCGAGAAAAACAACGAAAAUGAUAGCUACUUCUGAAAAUUCAAGUGAAUGCUUGCAGAUGACAACUUUAUUCUCAUCUUUAUCCGGUCGUUAUCUAGCAACAUAAAUGUUCGAUUGUAAAUGAGUAACACAGAUUAAUAUUUCAUUAUAUUAGGCAAUUUUGUUUUAUAUUAUAUAUAAUGAGAUGUUUCUCUGCCGUUCGAAAACGGCACACAUGUUGAAUGUAUGAAUCUAUAUCAAUUUUCUUGUUUAUCUCGUCUAUAUAGUUUAUUUACGAAUGAAGGAUUUUUUCGUAUUUCAAUAAUAUUUAUGCGCUAUAGCGUUAAUUAGGAUAUACAACAUAUUUUCAGUAUUAAAUUGCUAUAACACUGAACGUAAUUAUAUAUAUAUAUAUAAUUUCUUAUAUUAUUUUAAGAAUUUAUUUUAAAAAAGUAGAGGGGCACAUAGUUUCAUUCAUUAUUAAUGAAUUGUAAUACGAAUACGAUAUGUAUUCUCACAUGCGAAUGACUGAAAGUUUUUAUACAGUUAUUGUCUAAUAUAUAAUUUUUCCAAUGUGUGUAAAGUGUCCCAGUGUGUGCUUAUAAUAAUUAAUUAAAAACCCACUCGAUUAGCAUAUGUAUGAUAUUAUAAUAUACAAUAUGUAUAUGUAUUAAGUACUUAAUUAGUUUUAAAGAAAUAGUUAAAUCAAUGCACACAUGUGAAAAAAAUUACAAUAUAUUAAUGCUUCAUAUAGUUAAAA